AAACAGGGGAGGGAGGAGUAGGAGGAGAAAGAUCUUGAAAAAAGUUUGAAAGGAACAGAGAGCUGUUGUGUCGUCGAGCGGAUUCGAUGAGUUUGACUUCACGAUGAGGAGCGACCCCGUUCUGUUCACUUCCAACAGGGCGAUGGAGGAGUUGGUUUGUGAGCUUCGUCUGUUCCUGGACCUGUUGGACAGGGAGUAUCUGAGCGCUGGGGUUCGAGAGAAGAAGAUGCACCUCUCCAACAUCCUGCACAGAGUCCUCUCUGAAAAAGAGCCUUUAUUCAAGACAGAGAUCCACAGCGGUCUGCCGGCCCCACCUCAGAUGCCCCUCCCUGAGAUCCCUCACCCCUGGCUGCCUCCAAACAGCGGCCCUCCUCCUCUGCCCAGCUCCUCUUUACCUGAGGGCUACUAUGAGGAGGCGGUUCCUUUAAGUCCUGGGAAGGCUCCUGAAUACAUCACUGCCAACUAUGAGUCAGACGCCAUGAGCAGUUCCUAUGAGUCGUAUGAUGAGGAAGAGGAGGAUGGAAAGGGCCAGAAGAUGCGUCACCAGUGGCCGUCUGCAGAGGCGUCCAUGGAUCUGGUGAAGGACGCUCGGAUCUGUGCGUUCCUGCUGCGAAAGAAACGCUUCGGCCAAUGGACCAAACUCCUGUGCGUCAUCAAAGAUAACAAACUGCUGUGUUACAAGUCCUCCAAAGACCACACCCCUCAGAUGGAGCUGACCCUGUCAGGCUGCAGCAUCACUCACAUCCCAAAAGACGGCAAGAAGAAGAAGCAUGAACUGAAGAUUGUUCACCAAGGGGCGGAUGCGCUGGUGCUGGCCGUGCAGAGCAAAGAGCAGGCUGAGGAGUGGCUCAAGGUGAUGAGAGAGGUGUGUGUUAAUGGAGCUGUAGACUUGGAUGGAGCUGGAGCUGGAUCACCAGUGCACAAACCUGAACUGGAGAAGAAGGCGUCAUGUGACAGGCCAAGCUCUGAUGGUGAAGCACCUCAUGAGAAUGGACACAGCGAGUGCAAGGACCAAGGAAAGGGAAAGAAGAACACAAAGUUGGAGCAAAAGACUGGGACAGUGGGGAAAGGGGCAGGGAAGAAGAUCACUAAAAUCAUCGGGCUGGGUAAGAAGAAGCCGUCUACAGAUGAGCAGACCUCGUCAGCUGAAGAAGACGUACCCACAUGUGGCUACCUGAACGUGUUGUCCAAUAACCGCUGGAGGGAGCGCUGGUGCCGCCUAAAAGACAACCAGCUGCUGCUCCAUAAGGACCGUGAUGACCUGAAAAGCCACAUCGCCUCGCUGCCCCUCCGAGGCUGCGAGGUCAGCCCCGGCCUCGAUCACAAACACGCCUUUGCCUUCCGCUUGCUUCGUAAUGGCCAGGAGGUGGCUGUGCUGGAGGCCUCCUCCUCUGAGGAGAUGGGUCGCUGGUUGGGGAUUUUAUUGGCUGAGACUGGCUCCACCACAGACCCAGCCACCCUGCACUAUGACUACAUUGACGUGGAGACCACCGCCAAUGUCAUCCAGCUGGCCAAACAGUCCUUCUGUUUCACCAGUAAGCGUGCUGUCUCACCUAACCCAUACCUGGAUAACCCAGUCAAUGGCUACGCCUGUCCCACUGGUAUGGCUCUGCACUAUGAUGAUGUGCCCAUUAAUGGAAUGCUUAAGGGAAAGAAGGGGACAGGAAACAAUGGGGUGGCACUAAAGCAGAAGGCGGAGUCAAAGAACCAGCCCAAAAAGAAUGGAGUCAAUGGGACCAAUGGGACAGCUUCUCUUAGACGCAACAGCUCCAGUGCAGACCAGUGUAAGUAUGGGAAGAACCGUGUGGAGGCCGACGCCAAGAGGCUGCAGACCAAGGAGGAAGAGCUGAUGAAGAAGAAGCAGGACAUUAGGAACCAUCUGACCCAGCUGAAAAAAGAGAGGAGAGACCUACGCACUGCGCUGGAGGCUGCUGCUGCCAAACGCUCGCAUGCAGCGUUGUCAGAGCGACUGAAGAAGGUGGAGCAGGACUGCAAGCAGAGGGAGGAGGAGCGGGUAAACCUGGAGCUGGAGCUGACGGAGGUGAAGGAGAGCCUGAAGAAAGCCCUGAGUGGUGGGGUCACCCUGGGCCUCACCAUUGAACCCAAAGCUAGCUCCUCUGGAGUCCAGUCACCAGCGAUGUUGCGUCGGACCCAUGAAUCUUCUCCAUUCUCCAGCUGUGACACCAGUGACACAGAGUCCUGCUCCCUGCCGGUGAACAGCGCCUCUCUGCUGCGUCGGCAGCAGGGCAACCAGAAGGCGUCACCAGUUCGGGGACACGUCCUCAGGAAGGCCAAGGAAUGGGAGCAGAAGAGCGGCACAUAAACCAGCAGACCCU